AUGGCGAGCGCCCUUUUCAAUCGGCUUUUGGCGCCAACGCUGCGCAGGGCGCAGUUUGUCGCACCUUUUUCUCCCAUCUCGAUCCUCGCCAGGCCGGCCUUCCAAGUCAGGGCUUUCUCCUCAACACCUGUUCACAAUGCGACGAUAGGGCAGGUCCUGCGGGGCUGCCGCAAAGGCAAGCGCGCUCGUCACGCCGUCUCUCCCGCUCUCGCGGAUGUCGAAGCCCCGGCUCUCAAGGGCGUAUGCAUCAAGGUCGGCAUUGUGCGUCCAAAGAAGCCCAACUCGGGCCAACGCAAGACGGCUCGUGUGCGUCUCUCGAACGGUCGACAGGUUACCGCCUACAUCUCUGGUGAAGGACACAACAUUCAGCAGCACAGCGUUGUUCUCGUGCGCGGCGGAAGAAGUCAGGAUUGCCCGGGUGUGCGAUACCACCUCGUUCGUGGCGCAUUGGACCUUGGAGGCGUUGCAAACCGUGUCAGUAGUCGCAGUAAGUACGGCACGGCUAGGCCAAAGAAGGCUGUUGUGGGUUGA